GUGUCAGAUAAGGGAGACAUGCAAAAUGUGCAGAGCAGUGGAUUGAAAACCACUGACUUACACUGUACAAAUUUCCCAUUUAAGAAAUGUGUAAUGUAGUACUAGAGAGGUUUGCAUGUACAGCACAGCAGCCACAGCGAGUCGCAUGACUUGCGUCACCGAGAAGGCUGGGCUGGGCUCUCAUCACUUCCUGGUUACUGCAGCAGCUCUGGGUUUAUAGAUUGUUUUGGAAUGAAAGCAGUUUCCCGUAACUGGGUUGCAUCGGUGCAUGUAGCGCUUAGUCUUAUUGGGCUUCCUUACGCUGCUGGCACAAGUGGAGUCUGUGCUCUCUUGUUUGACUUGUGAGUUUUAAAAUGGAAAAACAAAAAAACGCUCCGUUACGGAAAUUAUUUUUUAAAGUAUGAAGAACGCCAUUAGCCGCAUUCCCAGUCUCUGUUCAUCAACAUCUGUCAACAUGUCUCCUGCCGCGCACGUUAAGGCUCGCUGUCCGGUAUAUCCCGGCUCCGACACACGCCGCUUCCCCGUCCCGGAUGAUAAACUAGACUGGGACACAGACUGGCCCCAGUACAGCCCCGUUAACUAUACCGCCCCCACUGUGCUGAAAAAGCCUGUUUGGGCUGACCCAGAGAUUGGUGCAUUUUCCCCACAGUUCAAUUCUUUGGAUGGAUCUGUGGACAGGAGAAGCCAUGAGGGCCCGUAUCGUAUCCAGAAUGGCAAACCACUUAAUCCACAUGGAAGAACUGGGCUGGAGGGCCGAGGAUUACUGGGAAGGUGGGGUCCAAACCACGCCGCUGAUCCAAUAGUUACCAGGUGGAAAAGGGACUCUACGGGACAGCGUGUCCACCGCACUAACUCUCAACUACCUGUGCUGCAAUUUGUGUCCAUCAAGAGGUUGGACUGUGGCGAAUGGGCCAUCCCAGGGGGAAUGGUGGACCCUGGAGAGCGCAUUUCUCAAACACUGCAGCGCGAGUUCUCAGAAGAGGCAUUGAACUCUCUGCAGGCAUCUCCAAGUGAGAGGGAAAAGAUCCAAAAGCGAAUCACUGAGCUUUUCAACUCAGUAGGUCUUCAGGUGUAUAAAGGUUAUGUAGAUGAUCCAAGAAACACAGAUAAUGCUUGGAUGGAGACAGUUGCAGUGAAUUUCCAUGAUGAAUCAGGCAAUAGUGUGAGUGAGCUUCCAUUGCAAGCAGGUGAUGACGCAGGUCAAGUGAGCUGGAUUGAUGUUGACUCCUCUCUGGCCCUUUAUGCGAAUCACUUGCUUUUCCUAGAGACAGUUGCGAAGGAAAGACAUGCACACUGGUAACAGAAAAUAGUAAAAAGUGCCUUUCUGCUUUAACAUAAAUGAAGGAAAUCUUUGUAUGUGUCUAAUUUAAGUGACGCAUAUUAAGAUGUGCAGCUUGGAUACAUAUUUUAAAUGCAAACCAGGAAAAUCAGUUCUGGUGCUGGCACAUAUUAAUAUGAAGUACGAACCAUUUGCCACAACACUGCCAACAAACGAAUUACAAUAAACCAAAAGUUAACCUCAAUUACAUGUACACUUUCUUAAUAUCCAUAUUAUAAAGCAUGGCUACUGAAAAUGGAGGCAUAAGGAUUAUUUAAGUUUUCCCUAUCACUCUGAACUGAACACUACUAAAGAACUUUGUCAGGUUGUGCAUGACUUUUUCUGUAAUAACCAAAAGAAAAAAAAAAACAUCUUACACUUAUGCAUGUUGUUUUACCUUUUUGAUUACAAACAUUUUUAUCAGUGCUAAAUGAUCACAAAUAUGGAACACUGGCUAUAUAAAUACAAGCAGCUGCAUAUUAAAAACUAAGUGCAAGUUUGUGGAUAUGCUAAUUUUUUUGUAGAUUUAUACAAAUAUAUAAACCCACACAUUUUAUUCUUUUUGUUGGAAAAAAUAUCACCAGUUUGAAAAUACAAAACUACCACGUAAUUAGGGACAGUCGAAACAGGUUCAAAUACAUUUUACGAGAUGUCAGAAAAACAUUUGUAAUGAGGAAGGAAUGUGAAGGCUAAUGAGAAACAGGCAGUAAAUGCUGUAACCGGUCCAUUCACAGAAGUACUGAAUGUUGCGCAGAUAAAAGUUGGCCAGCACAAAAAAAAAAAAAAAUCAGUU